AUGCAUCGACUCCUCUGUGCGCUUCUGCUGCUGCAGUCGCUCGCCUCGACCACCUCCUCCUCCGUGUGGCAGCCCACCUUCCCCUUGGACCAAGUGCCGCACGCACAACAGCAACCGCCUCCGGCUUCAUCACCCCCACCCGCUCCCAGUGUUAAUUCCAAGUACAACGAAACCACAGCGCUGUAUCUGGCGCAUGUGACGUCGAUCUCAUACUGCCAGGAGCAGCACAUCAUCCACUGGAACUGCCAGCCAUGCGCGUUCGUCCCAUCACUAGAGGGCGUGAAGGUGGUAGAGGACGCCAAGGACAAUUUUCAGGGUCUCGUGGGCUAUUCGCAGCUCUAUGACGCAUUAGUGGUCGCCUUCCGAGGCAGCAUGGACGUCACCAAUUGGCUGGACAACCUCACUUUCCUCAAGAGACGAGCCUACGCGCAAUACCCCGGCGUAAAGGUACACCAAGGCUUUUAUUGGGCCUAUCGAUCCGUGGCCACACAAGUCUUAGACACGCUGCACAAGCUCCGGAAGGAACAUCCGCAUGCAUCGCUGAUGGUCACAGGCCACUCACUAGGAGGGGCCGUUGCUGCCAUCUGCGCCUUUGAGCUUGAAUACAUUGAGAAGAUUCCUGUGGAUGCGUUGUACACCUUCGGGAAUCCUCGAGUCGGCAAUACCAAUUUCAGUGGAAGACUACGCAAUGCCAGUAUGGAAGUGUAUCGCGUGACCCACUUCCAAGAUGCAGUACCGCACCUCCCACCUACGUGGACAGGGUUUGAACACACAUCAGAAGAGAUUUUUUACGACGAGUUCUCAUCAAGCUAUCGCACCUGCAGCCAAACGGACGGUGAAGACCCGACGUGCUCCAAUAUCUGCUCACCUUUUAGCUGUACCAGUAUCGUGGACCACCUCACGUACUUGAACAUUACGAUGAGCCAUCUUAUCUGUUAA